AUGCUAGACGACGGCACCUCGCGCGGCCGCCGACGCGACGAUUCUCCUCCACGGACCCCCAGGACCUCGAGACAGGCAAAGGGCAAGGCCCCGAUGCGCGCGCUAAACACUCGGCCGGCCCGGAAUAACCAGACCUUCUUCGACGACUCGACGCCCGUGGACAAUUUGAGAGUAGAAGAUGGAGGCUUCGACCGGUCUAGGUCCAGAGACUCCCACGACCUGUCCUUCGGCGAUGGCACAAGAGACUCGGUGGUGGACAACAUGCUCAUGUCGCUGGAUUCGAUGCCAAUGGGCAUGGGCGCGCCGUCAUUCCCGAACAACGCGCUGUACUCGAAAUUCGACCACGACGACUUCUUUGCGAGCAAUGCUCCGUACGCUCUCCCAAAAGCGUCUCGACACCGCGGCCACACUUACACCUCGUCAUAUUCGUCCGAAUACGAUGUACACAUCGACGAUACCGCCAGUCGAUACUCGAGCCACCAUUCGCGGGGACGGAGAAGCAACAGCAGCUCCAACUUUCAGGCCGGACUGGCGAGGAAAGAGAGUCUUCGGGGCCCGUUUGGUGCCUCCAAGACUAGCAGCGAAACCCAAUCUAAAAGCAUAUUUGAUCCGCCCGCGUCGGCACAUACCAGGAGUGGCGGAAAGAAAGGCAGCAAGGGCAGCGGCUCUUCCAGCAUGGAUUUUGGAUACACCCAGGCCAUGGGCACACAUCGAAUGGGAUUUGGAAACCGAUCUGCGAGUUUUGAUCAUAGUUAUGGGGAUCGGCCGCGGCCAUCGCCAAUAAAACAGACAUCGAGCGGCAUGUUAGAUCGCGGACGGCCGCUGCCACCAGGGGCAUACAACCACUACGACGCAGCGCCAGAGCCUACAGUACCAGUAGGACCGCGACGGGUGCCAGAGUCCCCUAUUUUGUCUCCGUCGUACCCACCGCAGCCAACAUAUGCGCCUCCGCAGGCACCCGUGUCGCGGAAGAACAGCAUCCGUUCGUCCAGCGGUAAGACAUUGCGAAAGGGCAGGACCAACACGCAAUCGCAGGUGCAGUCGCAGGAGUCCAUGGCCAGCAUGCGGGCUCAGGCAAGCGACUUCAUCAACGCGAGCCAUUUCCGCGACCUUCCCCCGAUUCCGGCGUUUGCAGACCCACCUGCCCCUAGCCCGACUGUCGCCAUCCGUAAACCCUCGACCGCAUCCCCCACUGUACCGACGACACCACUGGCAAACCCCCCAAAGGAAAAGCAGGGCUUCUUCCGCCGCGUCUUUGGCUCGUCCAAAGCUAAUCAUGCCUCCCCCUCCAGCCAGACCCAAGAUGCCUCUCCCGCCCAACACACCGACUCCUACGACUCCCCUAGCCGCCCCAAAACCACCCAAGGCACUGCCCAUAAUCACAUUGCAUCCCAGCUCAAGCCACAGCCCAAGCCCGUGUCGCAGCCUGUGCCUGCCCCUGUGCGCAAGCCGCAGCCGCAGCCGCAGCACCAACCGCCUCCGCCCGCCAUUCUGAACAAGAAGCCGUCGUCCUUUUUCCGGCGGCGAAAGAAGUCGGUGUCAGAGGGCUCGCAGGCGCCCGUCAUGCCCAUGCAGCUGGCACCUACACGCACUGAUCUCGCGCCGGCGCUGCCAAGCCCGUCAAUUAGCAGUCUGCGCAAGGUGAUGAACCCCUAUUUGAGUGACGUCACGAGCCCACACGAGACGUACUUUGAAUCGCGGGAGCACCAGCCGGGCGGGGAGGACGAGAAGGCAGAGCAUCUGGGCGGCUUCUCGCCCGGAUACACCCCCCACAAGGACGCCACGAGCUCGCACGCCGCUGCAACACACAGCCCCAAGCUCAAGCUCAAGAUGAAGCGCGGCCGGACGAGCGUCGCCAACCCGCACGACGACUCGUUCCUGGCCGACAGCAGCGGGAACGAGGACCGCCAGCACGACGCCCGCAGCUCCAACUCCCACUUUGGCCUGCCCGACGACGCGAGGCGGCCCAGGACGAGUCCCACGUCGCCCGCGUUCCGCGCGCCGUUCCCCGUUCGCAGCAACGAGAAUGAAGCACCGCAGCGGAAGGCCAACACUGGCGAGAAGCGGACAGAGCUGCUCAGCCCGCACGCCUCUGACCGACGGCCAUCCUCGGCGAGCGAUGCUGAAGACGACGGCUGGGUAGUCACCGGCGGCGUUCACAAGCAGUCGCCCGUCCCGAUGGUGGCCAGCAAGCCGAACCGUGUCUGGCUCGAGCCUACGCCAUCAGAAGAGAGGCUGGCCGAGUCCGGUCUCUCGCUCCCUCUCGAAGGGGUUCGGUCCUCGCAGAAAGCUUCGCCCACGACCGCCGAGACUACGCCUACUUCCACCAGCGAUGUCUUCCAAUCGGCCACCAGUCUGCCCGUCGUGCAAGUAGACGGCGAUGACCUUCCGGACGACACGCUGGUGGCCGACCCCAAGGCAUUGGACGCCUCUGAAGAGCCGACUGACGAAGACAGGGAGCAUGCUUUGAAGAUCUACAGUGGAGACGAGGAGCUCACGACCAAAGCACAGGCAGCCACGGUCCUAGGUGACGUUUCCGCCAGCGCUGCACGCAUCCGCAAGGCGUACAUGGACCUCUUCGACUGGUCUGGCUUCAACAUCUUGCUUGCCAUGCGAGACUUGUGCGGGAAGCUUGUUUUGAAGGCUGAAACACAGCAGGUGGACCGCAUUCUCAUGGCCUUUACCGAACGUUGGUGCGAGUGCAACCCCAGCCACGGUUUCAAGGCCACAGACGUUGUCCAUACCAUUUGCUACUCUGUUCUGCUCCUCAAUACCGACUUGCAUCUUGCUGAUAUCGAAUCGAGGAUGACCCGAAGCCAAUUCGUCAGAAACACCCUCCCGACUAUCCGUCGUGUCUGCGCGGAUGCACUCGUCGAGCCCGCUGAAGAGACUCUACGCCCGCAGAGCACGCAGGCCAGGGGUUCCAUUCCAUGGUCAGAACCUAGCUCACCCGCAGCCGAAUCUCCCACCUUUGCUCCCGAAGCUACCGAAGCUCGGACUUCGCUCGAGACUAAGCCAUCUCGCAACCGCUUGUCCAUCAGACCAGCAGCUCGCACUGGGUCUGAUGGUCUCCUAUCGGCGCCAGAUUCCGCUCCAGCGGAUAACUGCAACGUCCUCGUCAAGUCGCCGUUCGAAGGCUCUGCUAAAGGAUGGGAAUUCCAGGUCGAGAUUGUGCUUAAAGAGUUCUAUAACUCAAUCCGCCAGCAACGAUUGCCGCUUCAUGGAUCUUCAGCAAUCCAGCGUCACGACCCGCCCUCCUCUAACAACCUGUCAGUGAGCUCCAUGCUACGACGAACGCCAAGUGUGUUGAGCAAAGCCCCUUCGGACAGCACCAGCUAUCGAGGCCGUUCUCAGACAGACUUUCGAAGCGUAGCUGCCCGUUGGAACACCAAGACUCGGUCAAGGCCGCGUCUAUACCCCACGUCUACAAUUGGUUCGAGUCGAACGAGUCUAGACGACCAGUCAGUAUGGAGCCCUGCUGGCUCAAGUACGUGGAGCAAGUACUCCUUUGGCAAGACUCAGACCUCCAUGUCUAUGGAGUCACUGGGUUCGCAUUUUGCCCGGGGCGACUACCAACAGUCUAUCGGGUUCGCCAAUGCCCUCAGUCAAGCUAUUAUUCGCGAAGAAGGCAUGACUAUUGCAAGCUCGGAAGAGUACGGCCGCGUGGUCCCACUUCUGGAAGACGAAACCCUUGAGCUGGUAGGCGCACCGUGGGCGAAAGAGGGGAUCCUGAAGCACAAGCAUCACCUUGAGGCUCUCGACAAGAAGGCCAAGGACAGGAACUGGAAUGAGUCUUUCGCAGUUAUUGAGAAAGGCUAUAUGCGUCUCUUCUCCUUCAGCAUGAACUCGAAGUCGGUGCGGCAAAAGAACAAGGCUCGACCCUCCGCUGGCAGCAUCGUUGGUGGUGGUAACUGGAUGGAUAACGCUGAAGCUCUAGACAGCUUCUUGCUUCGCCAGUCGAUUGCCAGCGCUCUCCCGCCUCCUGGAUACUCCAAGUCACGGCCCCAUGUGUGGGCGCUGUCUUUACCCACCGGAGCAGUCCACCUCUUCCAAGUCGGCACUCCAGACAUCGUCAAAGAGUUUGUCACGACAGCCAAUUACUGGUCUGCGCGCCUAUCUAAGGAGCCCCUCAUGGGUGGAGUUAGCAACAUCGAAUACGGAUGGGGUGACAACGUCAUCAAUCCCGCCCUCAUCCGCCAAGAUAGUGCACCCUCUGUCUCAAUGCCGCGUCCCAGCAUGCAAAGCUCGAUCCGCAGCUCCAUCGACCACUCAACCGGAACCGUCAAAGCCAGGCUCGCGGGCGAUAAGGUCAACCUAAACGAGUGGACUCCACCUACGCAGAGCAUGCUGCCCAGCAACCUGAUGGAAGUCGACCAACUGAGAGCGUUGACCGCCUACGUGAAGAACGUCGAGGAGGAGCUUGGACGUCACCAAGAACUGCGGGCGCCCAUGCUGAUUGCCUUCUCCCCACGCCACCCCAACGCCAGCAAAGCCAUGGCCAACUGGGAACGCAAGUCCUCGUACCUCCUGCGCGAAAUCGUCAAAUUCCGCACCUACAUCGACUCGCUCAACGCCGCGCAGGCCCGCAAAGAGCAAAUCUACGCCGAGCGCGAGGCCGAGAUCGCCAAAGCCGAAGCCGACGAGGCUGAGGUUCCAAAGACAUCAAUGACAGCGCUUGAAGGCGAUGGUGGGGCCUCAACAACACCACCCCCACCCCCGACUGAACCCGCUGAGCCCCUCCCUGCAUGA